AAUAUGAAAUAAAUCCAAAUAAUGGUGGUGGUGGUGGUGGUGGUAAUAGUAGUAAUGAUCAACAACAACAGCAUGGUCAAACAACGAUAUCAAAUCAACGAACGAAAAUAAAAAAACAUCGUUUACCAGUGGAACGAAGUACAAGUGAAAUUGUACGAACAUAUCGCAAACGAUUUGAUUCAUCAAAUGAUGAUGAUGAUGAUGAUGAUUAUGAUGAUGUUGAUGGACGACAAAAACGAUGUAUGAAAAUAUCAAUCAUAACAGAUGAUAAUGAUAAUAAUACCAUCAGGAUGACCAAUCGACCACCAAAUAGCCGCUGGAAACAGCAACGAUUACCUGCAUGGCAACCAAUGUUAAAACCGACAUCAGUUUUUAUUUCAUUCAUUAUUUUUGGCUUGUUAUGUAUUGUCAUAGGUGUAAUAAUGUACAUUACAAAUGAAAAGAUACGUGAAUAUAUUAUUGAUUAUACGGAUUGUCGACGUAUGAAUCCAGUAACCGGUUUAAAUCAAAGUGAAUAUUGCCGUGAUCGUUGGAAAUAUCAAUGGGAUAGUUGUCAAUGUUUAUUAAAUUUCACUAUUACCGAACCGAUCGAUGGACCAUUAUUUCUUUAUUAUUCGUUGGACGGUUUCUAUCAGAAUCAUCGCCGUUAUGUUGCAUCAAUUGAUCAUCGACAAUUAAUGGGUGAACAAUGUUCAUUAACAUCGAUACGUUCAAAUUGUUAUCCAUAUUCCGAUAUCAAUGGAACAAUAAUUGCUCCCUGUGGUGCUAUUGCUAAUUCAAUGUUUUCAGAUACAUUUCAAUUACGUCGUAUCAUUGUAGACAAUAAGAAUCAAUAUGAAAAGAUUUACAUCUGGCAAAAAGAUAUUUGUUGGCCAACUGAUCGACAAAAUCUUUAUAGAAAUCCAUCCAAUGGUUUUGAUUCGUAUGCAAAACCAGUGAAUUGGUCAAAAAAUUUCUAUGAUGAUAUCAUAUUGAAUGAUAAUAAUGUUGCCGGUCAUGGUUAUCUCAAUGAACAUUUUAUGGUUUGGAUGCGUCCAGCUGCAUUUCCUAAAUUUCGUAAACUAUGGGGACGUAUUGAUGUUCGAUCAUCCAUUGGUAAAAACGACGACGACAAUAAUAAUCAUGAUGAUAAUCAAUUUGAAGCCGGAUCAUAUCAAUUACUAAUUGAUUAUGAUUAUCAGACCGUAUCGGAACAUUUACGUAUACCGAAAAAAGUAAUCAUAUCAAACAUGUCAUGGAUGGGUGGAAAGAAUCCAUUUCUUUCGAUUUUAUAUAUGAUUGUUGGUGUCAUCCUAUUACUUACAGCUAUUAUAUUUCUUAUUGUUUUCAAUAAAAUACGAUGGAAAGAUGAAAUGGAAAUUCAACAUCAACUUUCUUCGACCAAUCCACAACAACAACAACAGCAACAACCGGAAAUGAAAAAUCAUUUCCAAUAUUAUCAUUCAACUAGUCAAUGAUAUAUAGGGGAAUCAAUUAAUCUAAUUCAGUCUGAAUUU